AUGUACUCAUUGCGGGACCGCGACUUAACUCCAUUGACGGAGGGAGCCGCAGCAUCCCAGGCCGCCAAGGUCGAACCAUGGCUGGCAGCCUUGUCCGGGAAGGACGAGAGGGCACCGGAAACCGCACGGUCAAGGCCCGCGUCUGUGCCAGCCGCUCAGCUGUAUGGUACUCGUAAGGCAAAGGGGCGUCGUGAUGAAGUGCCGCCAUUGACCACUCCCACACCGCAGUCAAGCAGCACGACGUCUGCCAGACAGCUUGGUGAGAGGGAUGCUGACAAGGGCACACGGCAUGCAGGCGAGUUCGAACAACUCAAAGCACAGCAUGCCGAACUUAGGGCAUCCUACAAGGAAUUGAAGAGCCGGUUUGAUAAACGCGGCCUGGAGAUAUCCAGGCUUCAUGACAGGAUUCGAAGGUUGGAGAAAUCAGCCCAGACAGUCCAAGAGAAGAAAGAACCCUGUGAAAGAGGAUCAAGCAUACUGCUUUGUCGACAAGCCUGCUGCAUUCCUUUGAUUCGUUUGGAGAAGGCUGGGCUUAAUGUAGAAGCCGUGCAAGACUUGGAUGCUAAGUGGGCGGGCUAUGUCUUCAGUGUGUUGACCGUGCAAGCCAAGUCGUCUGGAAUGACCUUGUAUGAAAUCUUUCGGAAACAUACCGAUGCGCACGGACGGAUCGGUGAAUCUGCAUUCAGAAACUUGAUUCGCCAAUUCAUUCCAACCAUGUCGGAGGAACGAUUGACGCGAUUAUUUUAUUUUGCAGACACAGAUGGUUCCGGCAUGCUGAACCUUCUGGAGUUUCUCCGGCUGUUUGGCUUUGACAUGGAUGGGAAGAUGGGGGAGGAGUAUUUCGAGCAUGUGAUGGUCCGAAUACAGAAGGCUGUCUCCAAGAACGGUGGCUUCAUGAACGUGUUGAAGCUGAGUGACAAAUACUUGAAUGCAAGUUGCAGCCGACAGCGGCUGGUGGAUGCGAUCAGUCCAAUUGCUCCCUCCUUGACAAGGGCCGAGAUCUAUGAGACCACGGCGCGAUUCCUUAUUCCAACCUCCGGUGAAGUCAACGUAAGAGACUUCAGCGAUGCAAUGGAGCUCUGUGCAUCUUCAGCAUUUGUGAGCGAAGAUUGGGUGCACAAGCUCUUCAAGCAGGUUUCGACCACAAUUCAGAAGCAGCACAACUUGAAGGCUAUGCUCAAAUCAUUGGGCCCGAACGGCACGCUUGGGCGGGAGGAUUUGCGAACUUUUCUGCGCCAGUUCCAGCCAAACCUAUGUGACAGCCACAUCAACAGAGUCUUCGGAUUCUUGAGCGCGAGCUGCCCCACCGGAGCAGGAAGCAUUACUGUGCAUCACUUGCUGGACACGGUUUGCCGACCCACGCUUGGACCCGUCGUCGGUGCAGAGCAGUCACGGCUCCCGCUUGAGGACACCUCUCGCUUAACGGUGCAGCUUGCGCAGCUGUGUGGAGGAUUAGAACAAGCUUUCGAUCACCUCAACCCAUGCCUGCUGUACCAAGAGUUUUGCACCUCACUGCAAUCACUUGGCUUCAGCAGCGCCUUUGACUUCGAGAAGAUUUUCUCUGUCCUAGAUGUGCAUCGCAGCGGCCGCGUGUCAAAGUCUUUGUUCCUGUCAGUCUUGGAACGCUUUGUUCGCCCGGAGACAGAGAGGUCUGAGAGCGAGGAUCACGGCUCCCUCCCGCCGGUGUCGUCCAGCUCGACGCGAAAGCCUUUGGAGGCAGAUCGAGUGGCAGAUGAGUUAGCUGACAGAUUGCAAUAUUUGCGGGAGAGCUUUCAGGCACGUAAAAACGUAGGCAAGAACCCAACAGUUUCUGCGGCAGUCCAUGAAGAACUAUUGCAUGAGCUGCAACGUGGCGUAAAUCGUCUUCUGGUCCUCGAAUCUGAACUGCAAUAUCGCCAGCGACAAGAAGAGCGCGAUGAGAUCCAUAUGAGAAGAGGACUCGUGGACCAGUUGCGAGACCUGGAAACUGCGCAUGCGCGUCUUAUGGCCAAGCUCAAGGUGCAGGCAGAGACGAUUUCAGGUCUCAGCAGCGCGCAGAAGACAGCCACUUCUGCGACUUCGGAUGCAUGGGAAGCUGGGUACAGCCAAGGCAUCACAGAAUAUCAAUCUCAGGUCGACGAGUUGCAGAAGGAGCUCGACAUUGCAAAGCUAGAGAAGCUACGAUUGCAAACGCAAAUGUUGGAGAGGGAGCAGAAAGAGCAAAGUUCGCAAGUGAAGCUGACCACAGGCGAUGUUCAGCUCUCUGCUGAUGAUUCGUCCAGCACGGCUCUCGUGAUCACCGACGGCGAUGAUCGUGAAGACGCUAGAACCCGGGAUGACGCAGAGGGAGUUCUGCGAGAAGCUCUGAGCUGGUUCGCACACGGUCGAAAGAUUGAUGCCCUGCUUUCAAAAGUGAGAGGUAUCUCUAUUGCUGGCCGUUUCAUUGUAAAGGAAGUAGCCACCGUGGAGGCCGAUGCUAUAACACUGGCAUGCACAGAUGCUUUUAAGAAGCGAGAAGUGACACUGAAAACACCCAUUGUAGACUGCGUGAAGACUCGCGCAAAUUUCUUGCGGGAAUGCUGUGUUUACACAGCUCUUUCAGAUGUGGCAGAGGUUCAGGCCGUCAUUCAUUUUCCUGGUCUUACGGCCGGGUUGGCGUACUGUGUUAUGGAACUCUUACAUGGACGAUUGCUCUCGCAACAUUUGCAGAAGAUCCGCGCAGGUGCAGAAGAGCCAUUCCCAGCACACGAAGCCGCCGACAUCUGUGAUGCGAUGCUGCAUGGAAUCGAAGCAUGCCACGCACGAGGCGUCACCCACCUGGACUUGAAGCCGUCCGUGAUUUGGGAGGUAGCACAGCCUGCAGGAGUCGUCGUGAAGAUCUUGGAUUUUGGCCUGGCCCGUCUUUCCAACUUGGCAUUGCUUCCUCCAGACGCACGGCAGUUCUGCAGGCCAGCUGGACAUGAAGAUGGGGUCAGCCCACGUUUGCACUUUGACGACAUGCCGGAAGCAUCGCAGCCACCCGCUACGCCCGCUACGGACUCUUGGCAGCGGGUUGCUCCAUUCGCGAGCUUGCCUGGGGUUGGGUCUCCAUGGUACAUGUCUCCCGCACGAUGGUGCGGGCUCGCACAGAAACUGCAACAGCCAUCAAGCGCUCAGCCAGUUCUACACCUAUGUAGGAUAUACUCCGGAGGAAAUGUUUGGUUAGAGCGUGAAAACGGACAGGACGUCGUUGGUGUCAGCAAGGCCUGUGCUGGCUCAUCUGCUGUCCAAGGUGCGAGAUGUGCGGCACAGUUUCCAGAGGGAGUGUAUUUCGAAGUGCAAGUUCGAAAAUUAUGGCCGACAGCGAUGACAGCCCCCGGCACGGAAUUGGGGACAGGACUGGCCGUGGGCUUCACGCCGAUACCGCCGUCUGGGGUUCCUGCGCUUGCUGGUCGCGCUAAAGAUUGGCCAGGCUGGGUAGUGGGGUACGACGGCAGAUUCUUCAAGAACGGUGAACAGGUUGUGCCAACUUUGGAUGCACCGCAAUUUGCACUGCUGGAGUUCCGGCGCCGGAGAGAAGCUAAGCUUGCUGCUGCCGGGACAGAUGAUGUCGACUGGCCAGCUGGGCCUUUGGGCUGGUCCUUCGCAGAGCUGCUACGAGAUGAUGUUCUCGGGCUGCUCGCGACUUCGCAAAGCUUAGUAAUAUAUGUAAACGGAAGGGUUGUUUCAAGCAUUGUUGCAGAUGGAAUUGGUGAUCACGGCCCUCUGUACCCUUUGAUCGAAAUCUGUGGCGUGACGAGGGAGCUGGUAUUCUUCUCCAAACCUUCGGGCCCAGGUGGUGAAGAGGAACUGGAUGAGCGAUUCAGGACGAAAGACCGACAAGUCACAACAAUUGAGAGUCUGGCUCCCCGGGCUUUGAGCCAUUUUUCUGACGUGUAUGCUGCUGCUGUAAUCGCAAUGCAGCUCUUCCAGAGUGAUGUUCAGCCAGAAGCUGCGCCGCCUUUGGUCCAACUCCUGCUGGCGACCCAGAUGUGGCUCGAAGAUGGGCGGCCACCCAUUGCCGACCACAAUGGCAUGCUCGUGGCCUUGAGUACCUGGGCAGUGGCUGUUUCUGAGCAGACCAGCAUAUCAGGUCGCCGACUGCCUGCUGAGAUUGAGGAGGUCAUACAUCGCGUUUUCGAGUCCAGUGGUGCAGCCAACAAUGCAGCCUCACGAAUGAUACGAACAGCUGAGGAGUUCCGCUCUGCCCUGAACGAACGGACAGCUUGCAACCAUGUCUCUCAAGAGUUCUUGCGGAGUCAUAUUUCCCAACAUGUGGCACCAACCUCCAGGAAGCGAGUUCCCACCAAAGGAAUGCAGGAGUCUGGCGUUGAUCUUUCAGAUGAAGCAGAAGGCAUGCGGUGGGACUUGACCCCCUGGACACUGUCAUCCUCGCACAUCCGGCGCGUACUCGUAGUUUUGCAAUCGCCGGACAGUUUGCACAUUCGAUCCGUGAGCAUCGGGAGGCUGGAAGCAAACGUCCCUGACGAGUUGCAGCUGCGAUUCGCUGAGUGCUUUGAAGGUCCAACCAGCUCAUGCCGUGAAGCACGAGAAGGUAGCUCAAGUUGUCAUCGGGCUUUACCUCGGCUUUUAUUUCGUGAAGACCCGCUGCCGACAGACAUGUGCCCCGUGUCUAUGAAACAGCUGCUAGAAGCCAAUGCUACUGGCUUGUUGCUGCGAUUCGUUCGGCAUUUUGAUCUACAGGCAGAUCUCGAAGAAACUGGAGACUCCGACUUCUCUGGUCCGGCGGCUGCCAAAGUGAUUGGGACGGCACUUCGCGGAAAUGGAGCCCUCGAAGUGUUGAACGCAAGAAACCAGCAUUUUGGUGAUACCGGCGUCCAGCACAUCAGCAAAGCAUUGACACAAGGAUGUCGGCUGUGUCGACUUGACCUGGCUCAAAAUCGAAUCACGCCAAGUGGUGCUCAGUUGUUGGCACAAGCGCUGAUGAGUUCUGGCUGCACAGUGCAACACCUGGAGCUUUGCGGAAACGAAUUCGGGUGCACCGGCACUGCAUACAUGGCUGAUAUGCUACAAGGGAAUGACACCUUAAUUUUCCUGGGGCUUCAGCGGAAUGCAAUUGGUUCUAGUGGCGCCGUCAGCUUGGGAAGUGCUUUGGUGAAGAACUAUUCCCUGCAAGAGCUUGACUUGGGACGAAACUGCGUAGGAGUUUCUGGCUCUGCGGCAUUGGCAGCUGCCACACGCUCCAACUCGUCCUUGCAAUGCUUAAAUUUGCAGGACAACCAGUUAGAAGUCAUGGCCGGGACGAAGCUGGCCGAAGAGCUGAGUGCCGGUCUACAAAGGGAUCUGGACGGCUUGUUGGAUGCUUAUUUGUCCAAGGCCACUAUGCCGCGUCGAUCUGUGAAACAACGUGAUGGGCCCACAGGUAGCCGGCUCGUUAGGUUGAAUUUGCGGCACAAUGCCCUAGGUAGCUUGGGUGGAGCUGCAAUUUUAGCAGCUCUCCAGUUCACACGUACACAGCUGUCUGAACUCAAUCUUGCUUGGAAUGGUUUGGGCAUGGAGACUGCGGCAGCUCUGGCGGGCCUGCUCGGAAAUAACUCCAUGUGCAGAUUGACCAAACUAGAUCUUCGAGACAAUCGAGGCUUGGGCAUUGGAGCAGAGCUACCCAAAGCGCUGGGCGGCCUUGUGACUCAACUGGCGAGUGCAAGUCCUGAUGAUGAAGGCAGCAAGACCCCACGGUCCUCUGGACGACGCUCCCUGAAGCGAGACGAAUCAGAUCGCAUAUCUGAGCUUCAGCUCUCUGCACAACACGUUCGAAGCCUGAACUUGGCCAACACAGGCUUAGACAGCGAAGGAGCUCUCCUCCUUGCUCCGGCUUUAGCUUUCUUCUCCAAUCUGGAGGAGCUUUACCUCUACAACAACAUACACCUAGGUUGCGCCCCACGGACCGCUGAGCAAACCUUGGCCUCGCAGGAUGAAUGGCAAGACCGCAGCAUGAAGAAGAAAACUCCACUCAUAUCCGCUUCUGACGGCAUUUGCCACCUGACUCGCUCCCUGCCUCCAUGCCUGCUAAAGCUGGCGUUGGGCUCGUGCUCACUUGGUGCAGGCCUGACUGCAGACUUGCUGCAGGUUCUCACAUCACAUUCAAUGUUGCAAGAUCUGGGCCUCAGCGACAAUGAUUUGGGAAAUGACGAUGCCGGAGGUGAAGAACGCCUGCGCGGCAACAUUUGUAGAUUUGUCCAGUGCUCGCCAUGCCUGGAGAGCUUGGACCUGGCAUUGAAUGGAUUGGGUGACGAGUGCGCUUUGAGCAUCAUGUCGGUCAUGCAGGAAGACAAGCUUGUGAAAGUGAACUUCAGUGCCAACAAUCUUUCCCAGAGCUUCAAGAUGUUGUUGCAAGGGGUCUCUGCCGUGCAAGUCGCUGCUGCGGAUAUCGACGCUCCCCUGUCCAAGGUGGCGGAGGAGCUCGUGCAGAUCCUACAGGCAGUGGGUCACCAAACUGCGCUUCACACGCUGAGUGGCAAAAGUGGAGAUUACUGGGACUCUGCCGUGGAGGCGCAGAAUGACACUGUUGACCGUUGGCAUUACAUGAUGAAAUGCCGCUGCAUGUCGCGAAAAUCGCUGUAG